GGUGUUACGUCUUCCGGAGGCUGACGUACUGGCGGCUUUCUUCAAAACAUAAUGGCGUCUAGAAGAACGACUAUGGCGUCAAGCAGUUUUAAAAAUGCUUCUUCUGAAGCUAAAGGUUUAAAAAGUGGAAGUGCGGCUAACAAGACCAACAACAGCGGAGCUGGGAAGAAAACUGUUAAACCGAGUGGCACCAUUGUCAAGUCUCGGUAUCUCCAAGCUGCUGAAAAGACUUCCCUGUCAAAGAGUAACUCUCUGACCAAUGAGUCAGUUGCAGCACCUCAGCGUCCGUCCUCUCCAAAUCCCACCUGUGUCAAGCCAAAGUCGGGGACCCCAACACGACGUUCAAUGGCACCUCAAGGACUAGCCGUGUCGAUGUCUAGUGAAACUGAGCCGUCACUUCUUGGGAAAAGUGUUCUGCAGUCCACUUUUUCAGAUGGUCACUGUUUUCGUCCAGACUUUGAUAUUUCAGUCAUCAAGGAAAAAACCGUGAUUAAAAACGCUGAUAAGUCUGAGAAGAAUCCAGAAGUUGAGAAGAGGAUGGUGGAAAUGGACACCUUUCUGCUGGCCUACCUCACAGCGAAGAUGGAAAACAACAAUGCAAAGUUCAAGGCAGAAGCAGAGGCGAGGAUUUUGCAAAUGAUGGAGGAAGAAGAGAGGCUGCAUGAUGAGAUGAAGGAAAAGAGGCGUCAGUUCCUUCUUGCAGAGAAGAAGAGGGUGCUGAAUGAACUGCUGGAUUUGCAGAUUGACACACUGGGGCCUGUGGCAGAAGCUGCCAAGCAGUUUACAAACGACUACAAGUGUUUUGCAUCAGCUGUUGACACCACCCGUCAUUACCUGCCUGUCAAGAAUUUCCAUAUUGAUGGAGAAGGAAGACAGUUUUUAGAGAAAGCUGAAGCCUGCAUGAAGGACACGGAGUCUCUGCUGCUGGAGUGCACACGGGGAGACCAUGUGGAGAACAGCACGUCUUUGGAGUGCCUCAGGGACAUGAAAACGGCAUCGAGAGAUAUCAGUCAGCAGCUGUCGGGAGCGUGUUCUGAGCUGCUGGAGAUGUCGUCCUUGGUCUGCCGACAUUCAGUCCACGUGAAACAGGCCCUGGAGGAGGAGCAGCUUGGGACUUGUAGAACUAGGGAGCUGUUCAGCCCCAAGCAGUGAAAAAUGCCACUUAGCAUGAGAGACAGAAAAUGCACUUUGUAUAUCUGCUGAAGUCCCUGAGUGCCAGCCUUGUUUUUUAACAUUUUUGAGUAUUUGUUUCUGUUUACUCUGUUUUUUCUUUUGCUGUGUUAAUAAAAGGUUGAAUAAAAGUGUAGAAAAUCCA